GAAAUUCAAUAUCUGCCUUCAAUCACGUGAGGUGAAUCAAAUCGUAUCCUAUCCUAUCGUAUCCUAUCCUGGACUACAGAGUCAUCGUGUUCGUUAUCUCGUUUUCGGAAAUUGUUCCUUCAGUCGUGCUGCAUUCUCGAAGUAGAGGUGCCUCGUCAUAUCUGAUCGACAACAAGUGUUGAUAUCGGCGCUCGGCUUGCGGUGAGAGAAAAAGAUGACAUAUUCUUAUUCAUCGGAAAAACAAGGUUGAUCUUAAAGUCGCUGUGAACGUAAUGUCGCGAUCAUCCCUGUCGUGGAACGGGUACGCGAGAUGAGUAGUGGUGCUGACGUCGAGAGAUGAGUAGUGCUGGAGAAAUGUGAUGGGGACACUCGAUUGACAGGGGACAAAGUAAACAUUGACAGGGACAACUCGAUUGACUCAUCGGUGCUGCAUCUUUGAAAGUAUUCUUGGCUCGUCUUGAGAAAUCACCCAGCACUCGCGCAUCAAAGCCGUCCACCUUCUCCUCCUCACCGCCAUGAUCCUGAAAUUAAGCACACCUCCCUAGACCACCAAACUUUUGAUUUAAAUUCGAAAAGAAAAUGGACAAAAAAUUGCAGUCAGACUAAGCCAGCAACAACAAAAAUAACUUCUGCACGUCAAGAACGCCUUGCUUCCCUCAACAACUACAACGAAAAUCACCAAGAAUAGCACGUUUAGGUGGACCGGUAUUUUUGUGGCCUAAUCAAUGUGAAGGUAUAUAUGGAGGAGUAUAUUAAUGAUAUAAUUGCGAGUAAAAUGAUAAUGAGCAAGAAAAAAUGAUGUGUAAUAAGGCGGGCGGCGCGGGUCUAUUGUUGCCGACGUCGUCCCCGUCUGCUCUGCUCCCGCACCAGGGGAGCAAGACUUCUGCGAUCGGCUUGCGCUGUCGUUGAGCUGCUUUUUGAAGGAGGAAGAAAAACUACAUUAACAAGGAUUUCAUAGUACAAGCUACAAAGGCAGCUCGAAGCACCUCUUUGUCCCUUUGUCGACUUAUUUUUCGUUUUCUCAUACACAUACUUACUUAUUUGGAUAACUCUCGUUUCUUUGACGCGCAUCUGUUAUCUUUUCAAGUGAGUUUCUACUUUCAAGUAGACAAGGGACGACGGUAGGGUCGUGUGCCUGCUGAUGCUUGAUUGUUCAUGACUUGUUUCAUGACAGCUUAGCUUGUCUAGCAGCUAGUUGUAUAACAAUAGCUUUCGUACUUGGCUUAUUUGUAUUUUUGCUCUAGUUGAUGUGCCUUGUUAUUUUUGUUAUUUGAUGUGACGUCAUCAUCUCCAUCAUCUGCAUCUCGUCUCUGUCAUCAUCACCCCAGUGACAGCAAGACCUUCGACUAAAGCUAGCACUACACUACUAGUAGAGCUACUUCUCCCACUAAGGGUAAGGGUAUACUGCAGCUGUCAGUAGCAGUACUAGUAGUCUAGUAAAUCUAAGUAAAUAGAUACUUCUAGUUCUACAACGUGUUGCUGUUCUAAGUUGUUAAUUGGUUCUCCUAGUAGCCGGGACGGGCUGCAGAUCGGAGCAUCAACUCUCCAUCUGCAUCUCUUACUCUUUCUACGCGAGUGCUGUCUCCGGCCCCCGAAAAUACCACGUGCAGAGGCCGUAAAGACCUUCAUCACGUGAGACUUCGAACUAGUAAUACAGAUAGCUACUCUACUCUAGUGCGUCUAGUACGUCGCCUGCUGGUAGAUCACGAAGACGACACCUGUUACGAGUGAACUUACUUGUUCGAAAUAGGAACAAGAACAAGUACAGACCUCUAGUACAGCUGCAAGAACUACCCAGCCCAACUACUAUACAACAAGAUGGCGGCAAUUCGCGCAGUGCUGCGAACGCAGGGGCCCAAGAAGGGCAAGGCUAUGGAGAAGGAUGCCAGUAGCCUAGGAGCGUCCAUGCUGAAGAACUCUAACGGGUCAGACGCCAUUCCAGGCAGAGGCUCAUUCUUCGAGCAUCUCCCAUCCUUCGUCGAUGUGGACGAAGAAACAGGACAGUUCCAGAGGAGUGCAACGUACUUUUGAGAUUUUUGAAUGACUUUGGUCUUCUCAAAAUUUUGGAUUUUUUGUUGGAUCUUACUUGUGGUCUAACAAUUAGAAUUUUUACAUUCUUUUUCUUGUCCUGACAUAAAAUGGGAACUGACAUGACACUAGGAAAACUGCAUUACAUUGUCCUGGCAUAAAAAUGGGAACCGAGGAAUGCUGGGCUAGGAUCUUGUUGUUUUACUUUUUAUUUGUUAAGAAGGACAAGUAGAAAUAUAACAAGGCGCUGUCUCGGUAGCCUUGACUUUCUUUCCUUAGGGGCUUGACUUUCUCCUGCUCCACAUCAUCUAUGAAGAGGAGGAUGCCCUCUACUUCUACUACUACAAGAACUAUGACUUCUUGAUCUCGCACAUCACCCUCUAAUUCUACACUCACCCACAGCGAAUCCUCCGACGGCUUCAAGGAUGUUGGGCUGUACCCGUGGAUUAUCCGACCCAAGGACAAGAAGAAAGUAGCGUGGGAUAUCAUGAUAUCCGUGAACAUCCUGUGGACAAUCUGUGUCUCGCCGUAUAGAAUAGGCUUCAACGUCCCUGCAACUGGCGGGAUGCUCAUUCUAGAUUGGAUCGUUGACGUCUUUUUCUACAUCGACGUAGUAAUCAACUUCCGCACUGGUUACUACCAAGAAGACAUGCUGGUCCUCAACCCGCGGCGAAUUGCGAAUAACUACUUGAGGGGAUGGUCGUGAACUUUAUUGUUUUUUGGAAGAUUUUUACGCAUUAAUUUUUAGGAAACAAGUACUUAGUUGUACUAGUAGAUCGUAGAGGUGACUAAGUUCGAUUUAUUGUGAAGAUGUAGAAGAUCUUCAUCUUGUUCUGGUUGAUCCCUCGUUAUACUAGGACAAACACGGCAAGAAGACGAACUACAUUCUACCUGCGCUCGUCACCAAUACCACGCCACCUCCACGACCAUGAUCAUCUUGUCGUUGUCUACCACCAAUAUUGGUAGCGGCCCAACUUCUAACCUCCAACACAGGUUCACGUUGGAUUUCUUAUCAUCCUUUCCCUUCGACUUGAUCAUCCCACUUUUUGUCGAUGUGGCGAAGGAGGAUGUGCGAGUACUGCGUAUGUUGCGUAUUUUUCGUCUUUUCCGGUUAGGAAAGCUUCUGCGCAUCCUACGAACAGAACAGGUGAAGGAAUUCGUCGACUCCUUCGUGUCGGAAACAGCGUCGAAUCUCAUAACGCUUCUAGCAUGGAUCUGCUACAUCUGUCACUUGUUUUCAUGUGCAUGGUACUCCUACGUUAUUAUUUUACCAAUUUUUGGUAUUGGUUAAUAUUAAUUUUGGACCACGACGAGUUGCUUUGUGGUCAAUUAUAUCGUGAUUUGCGAAACUUCAGCAAGUAGAAUUAUGAACUUCUUCAUCUAUUUAUGUAGAACAAAGUCCUAGUCCACUGUACUAGUAAAUUUUUCGGUACUAAUUAACUUAACUUAACCAGUACUACUUUUUACCUCUGCAGCACUUACUUUCCGUCAUUCCACCACAACGAUACCUACAAGAGGUACUUUACCGGCAACAGUGGUAGUGAAAAGUGUGGCGAAGAUACGCUGCAUCAGUAUGCUGACUUGAUGGCGAUACCAGUAACAACUGACCUCGCAGAUCACGCGUCACACAACACAGGGAUAGGCUGGACACAUGUGAUGGACCCACAGUGUCAGUGCCCAAUAUCCUUCUUGGGGAAGGACGAUGUAAUCUACGACCCUAUAUCUUCACUUUCAUCACCUUGUUUUCGGCUUAGCUUCAUUAGGGCGUUUGGAAAGUGCAAGUCCUCACAGUAUAGUCAGUUAUUCAUCUUUUCAGAAUUAAACAAUUUUAAGUCGAUGAAGUUUCACUACAAACACGUCAACAAGAACAAACGCAACCUUCAUCAUUCAAGUUCAACACGACCCUUCUUACAACUUUCUCCAAGGUAUACAGCCACCCAGACGUGAAGUGUAACAACAAUGUAUCGUGGGUGCGCGCUUUUGAGAUUUACCAAAUGGCGAAUAUAGGCAAGUACAUGUCCAGCAUGUAUUUCGUGGUGAAAACAAUCUUGGCAGUGGGAUACGGAGACAUCUUCCCAACAAACACAUCAGAACGCUUGUUCUGUAUCUUUCUCGAACUAGGAGGCGCUGUGGUUUAUGGUAAUUCAUUAGCAUAAUAUUAACAAUUCGCGGAAUAAGCUCUCAAAAAACUUUGUUGGAAAUGUAGGAUGCAUGCAAGCAGGAUUUUGAAAACACCGGUAGAAUCCUUGUAAGCUAGCAUAAGAUCAAAUGUUCAUGUAAUGCGUGCCCUAUGUUUAUGUAUUACUUCAAAUUUCCCCAUGACACCACUACGCCUCAGGUUACAUUUUGUCCGGAAUCACACGUUCGGUCGAUUCUAGGGGUCAGGAAACCGUGAAGCUGAAGAUGAUAGCAGAGUGGGGUCAAUUUCGCGAGUUCGACCAACUCUUGAAGAGGAGGAUAAAACAGCACUACCAAUACACGCUGAGCAGUACUAGUGGGUAAUACAACUACUCGUUAGCUCGCUUCGAGUUCGAAUUCGAUGCUGUAGCAAGCUAACUUCGUUACUUCACAGCAUCUUGUACUACUACAUCAGCAAUGAUGAAGAGAAAACCUCUCGUCCAUUAUCAAUUUACGAGCUGACUACAGGUAUCAAGAUUAUAUGCUGAUAGAAGGGCUACCAAGACAUCUGCGAAACGAAAUCAUCGACAGAGUGUGGCCGCAGUAUGUCAACGCGCUGACAUUGUACAUAUAGUCUAUCAUUUUGCGUGUUUCUUGAGCCUUUUAUUUUACAUGAUCUCCUCGUUAGUUCUCGCAUGAAAGAAAUACUUGGACUCCGCCAUGAGAUCAAAACCAGACCUUAUAUAAAAAACCUGUAGCAAUUGCUAUUAAUAUCAUUCCCCAAGAAGACAAAAACAGAAUUCGUAUCCAUCACAAGAACUAGUACAAACAAAUAACAGGGCUCUCUUUCCAGUAGCGCGAAACGCAGGAGAGGAUCUCAUCGGGUACGAUUUAGUGCGCGACCUGAUGGGCAAUCUUCGACCACAGCAGGUCUUUGCUGGAGACAUCCUCUGUAAACAAGACGACUUGUUGGAGGAUAUCUAUUUUAUUUUAUGGAGGCGAAGAGCAAGUACUUAGAUCAUCAUGAUGUAUGGUUCGAGUAUUUGGUAACCUGAAUUUGAUCACAAGGAUUCCCUUCUUGUUUUCCUCAUGAUCAAAAUCAGGUUACCAAAUACCGGAACCAUUCACAUGACUAUUAAACCGUAACCACCGCAUGAUCCCAUAAACUGUAACCACGUAAAUGAGAGCUUGUACUUGUAGUGAGUGAAUGUAUGAAUGAGUAAAUGAUGAGUAAGCUUUGCUUCAAAAAUGGCCAGUAAGGGUCGAACCUGAAGUACAUGACCAUGAACAAAUGAUCAGUGGCACCAUAGUACAAGUAACUAGCGCGGGUUAUUGUUGAUAUCACGCUUCGGUAAUACCACGUUUCUCGCUUCUAAUAUCCGUCGCGGGAAAUUUGGAAGGUUUGAUGGAUAGGGAUGGAUUCGCGAAGGAGGCAGUGCGAGAAACGCCUAACUACACAGCAGAGUGGCGACGAGGCGUCAGUGAAUUGCCAGAGCCGUUCCAUUGGGCAAAUCUUAGCACAGAGGAUCUAGUCAUGGAAGGGAAGACGGAGGUACGAAUUAGCAGACGCGAGUCGAUGUUUUUGAUUGAGGAACUAGAUGGAAUGGAUCUGUUUGAAAGGAAAGCCAACAUGCUACAGUGAGGCACUCAUCCGACACUAGUAAGUGACAAAAAAUACUACACCCCACAAGCACAACUUACCCCUACAAACACAGAUUCAGACCCUCGUCCUCGACUCUGCAUUAGUGGCGGUGUAUGAGAAGAGUGAGUAUUUCCAGACCCGAUUUGAUCCUAGGGCAUCAAACGAUACCGAUCGGAUAUCCUACUUUACCUACCUAGCACAAAGCACAUGCGAUUUAAUCGCAAUUCCGACAGACGUUGUGUCGAGAACGUAAGAGUCAUAUUACUUUUCACGACUAAGGAGCAAUUGUUUUUGUUAAGACUAAGAGUUGUAUAAUUUUCUUUUCAUGGUACUAGCUCUUGGUCGUCGUGGGUAAAAACUUUUACUAAGUAGUAGCAACAGCAAAGCACUUGCUCAACACGUACUUCUACACACUGAAGAUAAUACUUAUAAAUAUGACUACAUUCACAUUCAGAUACCGCGAAUACCAUCCGGAGCAUAUGCAGAGUAGUGCUAAGCAUUGCGCACAUCUAGUAAGGAUGCUCGAAAAGUGCAUUGGGAGCGGGGAGUACCGACACAAAGAGCAUGAUGAGAUCGUCAUGCGAAGAUGUACUCAGAGGGUGUUUUAUUUAUGACAACGUGAUGGUGAUUUUGGAAAUAGAAAUUCAAAUGUUCUUUGCCUAUGCUAUGUAUUGUGUCAACCAUCAUGAUGCGCUGCACUGGUGAUAGAAAAGAUCAUAACCACUACUAGUGAUAGAAGAACUACGUUGUCGUGAUCAAGAAGAUGACUUGUUUUAUCUCGAAGAAUAAACUAGACCCUAAUGGUAGCUAGUACUAAGUACUCAGAGUAAAAGUACAAUAAGAAUAAACCCUUCUAAGCUCUCGUGGAACGGAUAGCGAUUGCACGAUGCUGACACGAGAGGGGAAGAUGACCAACCCCCUGAUAGAGUCCAUGGCAGAGAUGGUGCAGCAUAGUAUCCAGCAGAGGAGAGAAUGGCUCGAGGAGCACGAAGCUGCCAUGCGUGCAGUAGAAAGCGGGGGGAAGAGUGAAGGGGUACUCGUUCUAUAGCUUCUUUUAGUCUAGUCCCUGUGCAUUAUUUGAGUCCACUAGGAUGACGGUUAGGAAUAUCUUCACUGAAUUAUACCUUAAGAAGCUAGGAGUAGUGCUUAUAUCUCCUCUAGGAUCGAUGGUGCAGCUGCACCAGGGUGGGGUAAUUUCGUCUCACUUUGACCUUGACGAUUCAAACCUCAAACACAAAAAACAGCAAAGCUCAGACGGUGGAGCAACGUCAAAUAGCGCAAGCAAGCCUAGUCCGGUACUGCGAGCGAGUAAAAUGAUGUUCAGGGACGAUUUCAACGACAAAAUAUCGAACCAAAAACUCGAAGAAAAGAAAAGAGAAAGAGAACUAUUUGAUUAUGGUCCAUAUUUUUGGAUGUGGAGGUGGACACAGUCACUGAUCACUACCUAGAGAAGGCAUUUUAUCAUUGGUUUGGGUGACGCGAAGAUAUAAGAAUUUAAUUGUCUAUGUAUUCUUUUCGUUUGCUAAUUUAUGCGCUAGCAAGUGAGCUUAGCAUUAGGCUCUCGUCGAAGAAGACGAUGAAGUAGAAAAGCGAUCUUUUCUUUGCUAUUGAAUCUGUAACACGUACGCGAGAAGGAGCACGAAUAACAAGGAGCUGCUUUCUUACGCUCCCUAGUGGAGAAGAAGUUCAUCUCUAAUGUCUGCAGUGGAUCAUACCACCACGGUACCGUCCAAAGCAAGCGUGGGAUAUGUUUAUUGGUGUGGUGAUCAUCAUCUCCGUCAUCGUCGUGCCCUUCCGAAUCGGAUUCGAAGUCGAUGUUUUAUGACAUGAUAGUUAGAAGAAGCUCCAUCAUGGUCAUUCCAUAAGGAUUAUUUGUAUACUAUACAGAUAUGUGAAUUAUGUGAAUGGCAAUGGCUAAGUUGUACUUGUAAGUGGUCUAAGUCUAUUUUAUUAUCAUUUCGUAUUUUGACUUCUUGCACCUGUGGUCUGUGUCUUCAAGACCUAGAAGAAUCAUGAUUGAUUACUACUUGCUGUUACUCUUCCAGCACCCUCUCCCGGUCCCGUCUGCGGUAGACUCACAUCCAUUCGACAGCUGCCCCUUUAUUCUUCCCACCUCAGACUCACUCUCACCCACAGAAUGGGUAUACCACUAGCGCUGCUACUCUUUGUCUCUCCCUCUUUCAUAGUCCGAACCUGGUAGCGCUGGCGACAUCAUUGAUUGGAUCACGGAUAUCUUUUUUGCGAUAGAUAUCUGCGCUUCUUUUAGAACGGCCUUCGUGGAUCGAGAAGGAACAGUUUGCAGCGAUUGGCGCAAAAUACGAGACAACUAUUUUCGCGGAUUCUUUGUCAUAGAUUUCGUCUCAACUAUACCUUUCGAUAAGCUGUUGCCAAUCGGGCGACAGUCAAAACUGAUCCGUGUGCUGCGUCUCAUCCGCCUCUUCAAAUUGUUGAGGCUGAUAAGGCUGACGAAAUUCCUGGAUGACUUGCAAGAGGUAAAAAUGGAGGACUCUUUCUAGUAUCUUGUCGAUUUUUUGUUCGUCGUUUUCCCAAAAAUUGUGAUGAAGAUCAAGUAAAUUUAAGUCUAUUAUCAAUCUGUACGUCUUCAUCUUUUUCAACCUCAACAGAUGGGAUUUUCGCAGCGUGCCUUGAACUCGUUAUCCCUGAUGGGCCAGCUUACGUUCCUCGCCCAUCUUUUGGCCUGUGGUUUCUUCUAUGUCUUCGUCACACAAGACACGAUGGAGGCAUGCGAGGGAGGUCAGCGAUUCUGUACAGCUAACGGCGUAGUAGAUGGCAAGCAGCCUCUGGUAGGUUGGUAUCCUGCACUAGACAAUCUGAUAUCCGGAGUGGAUAACGAAAAUUAAGGCUUGCCCCGAUUCAUCGUAAGAAGCAUCUUUGACCUUUUCUCGAAGGAGAAAAUACGUCAGGGACUACGAAAGGACGUCAGGGGCACAAGAUGAAUUUAGGUAAGCUCUAAGAGAUUUACAUCGCCAGUCUCUACUGGAGUUUUACGACCAUGACGACGGUGGGAUACGGAGACGUUGUGCCGAAAAGCACAGCUGAGCGAAUCUAUUGUAUCUUCGUGAUGUUCAUCGGUGGUACAGCGUUCGGUUACAUUAUCGGGUCGAUCGCUGCAAGCGGCACCGACACACGGGAGAUUAGCAUGAAACCAGUCUACGACUUCUGCGAUAGGUACUACCAGUCGUGUUGGUUUAGCAGGAUUGGUUGACGGGGAGGUAACGUAGAGGUGAUCCAUCUUGAUGUAAGAGUAAGCAUCUAUCAUGUUGGUAUGUUUGUCUUCUUCUGUCAUGAUAGCUUUCCUCCUGCUUGCGCGUCGUUAUCGUUAUGAUUCUAGUGGUCAUCCUCGCAUUCAAACAUCUGUUUUUUAUCCCAAUCCCUCUCUCCACCUCCAGGCACAAUCUUUCGCUCGUGACGAGGACGAAGUUGCGAAAGCAUAUGACGUUCUACAUGGAGCAAAAGUCCAAUUUCGACGAGCAAAGUACUUGUCCUUUUGAUGUUCCCAUUAUUAAAGUUCUCGCGGAAGCUUUUGGAUUUGGAAAGGAAGGCUCUUUUUAUUGUUUGAUCAUUUUCUCCUAUCGAUCCGAACAUUAUCGGGUCUGAAAAAUUCGAAGAUAAAAAGUAGUCCUCUAGCAUCAUAUGACAUUCGUUUUUCCCUCUCCGAUAAUAGUACCUCCGACUCUUAAUCAGCUUACUUGAUGGAGCUUCCGGUGCACAUUAGGAUUGAGGUUUUGCUUCAUGUGCACCGGCAAACCUUGAAGCAGCUGAAGUUGUUCCGACCCCGAUUCUUGUACCGAGAUUGGUUCAUCGCUCACGUCGUGUCCUUGAUGCGUCCGAUGGUGUGCGUUGCAGGUGACAUAGUCUACGCGAAGGGCCAGAAAGAUCCCUACAACAUCUACAACGUCUUUUCCGGAGCGUGCGAAGCAGUAGACCCGGAACCUGAGGACAUAACAGAAGGCGAAAAACUCAUAGGUGUAUACAACAAGGGAAUGCUCUUUGGAUUGGAGGGCGCGUUGGAGACCAAUGGGGAAAGCUUGAAAACGGAUAAAGGGUACAUCUUGAUACAAGAACUUGAGCUUUUGAACUUCUUCUCGAUGCGACCUGAUAUCACAGUAGAGAUCAGUUCCUUUUCUUACCUUACUUCUAGUUCUCUCUUCUUUCCUUUUAAGCUUUUCUUUCUGUUUAUACAACAAGCUUAUUCUUGAGCUUUUGAACUUGAGCGUUUGAUCCACCUAGAUGAUCUACAAAUGAAUAUGAUCUAAGUAUUCGAAAACUGUUUUAGAAAAUAAGCGAGUAACAUAUACAAUAACCGAGUAUCUUCGAUUCUUAUAAUCCAGAUUACUCGCUCAUUCCACUUUAUCAAAUUAUAAUAAGUAUAAUGUUUCUGGUCGUGGUGGUGGCUUCAAAACUAGGCAAGAGAUGAAAGAGUUCUCCUCGCCAUAAAAAUCAUUCUUGCGAAAGGAAAUCACUUUCUUUAAGCUCGUCUUGGCACUUAUCUCACACUUACCCCUCGUUUCCAUUUUUUCGUCCUGGACCGGAGCAAACUCUAACGACCAACUGCUGUCCUCGUAGUUCUAUCUUUGUCUUUCUAGUGUUAUCCUUGUCACUGCCAUCAUGAUCUUUACAACUCCAUCACCAAAAAGGUAUCCAUACACAGUGAUGGCACAACCUCUGGUGGUAGCGGGUGCAGAUAGGCAAAGCGUCGAGUUGUUCAUCCUGCGACAGGAUACUAUCCAAGGACUCGACGAUAGUGGAAGCGUCUAUUUUCAUCCCCUCAAGUACUAUGUGAUUUUUUUUGUCCUCUUGUUAGUCUCAAACUUGGUCGUGCUGAUGUAGGUGUUGUAGGAUGAAGCGUCUAUUUUCAUCCGCUCAAGUGCUAUGUGAUGGAUUUUUGUAUUGUUCUGGUAUUCGGUAGCCUGAUUUUGAUCAUAAGGGAAAACAAGAAGAGAAUCCUUGUGAUCGAAUUCAGGUUAGUACCACAUACCGGAACCAUUCAAUUUCAAGUUCAAUUUCUUUUGUCCUCUUUCUUGGUCUGAAACUUGGUGCUAAGCCUAAGCAAGGUGUAGUAAGCAUCGACGAAGAAAUAGAAAAAAUAUUGAUUCUGAUUCCGAAUAGGGUUCCUUUACAACUACAAUUUCAACAGCUGCAGUCAUGUGGCUCUUACCAAAAUAUCAAUCUUGCCCACAACAACAGAAAACUCGCGGCAACGGCUUGGUGCCUGCAGGGCAACCGGCCAUAUGAAGAGGAGUUAGAGAAGCGAAGACAGAAAGUGAAGGACUUCUUAAGGAUGGAAAGUGCGAAAAGAAGGCACGUUUACAUCCCAGCAAGCUACUGCAGUUUCACAACUGCUCUUGGCAGUGAUGUCAUUCCGAAGCAGAACUUUAUUGUGGUGGACUACCUUAUGAAGAGAGAAGAUAUUUCUUCCUUUUUAUAUAUGUAUUUUUGUUUCCUAGUUAGACGUGCUCCACCGGUUGUAUUAUAACAGCUCGCUGUUAACCAUCAUGUUGAUCUUGGUCUAGCCCCUGAUUGCACGAAUGGGUCUAUCAGUAUCAUCAUCAGUGUCAUACUUACUGAGUACAAUCAUCAUCGUCAUGUACUCGUCUUUCAUACAAAACACGCGGGGAACAUCGACAAACUCACUGAUCACGGCACUGCGAGAAGAAAACGAGCGUGAGGCAAGAGAGCGCGAGCAGGCCCUCACUGGAAAGAAACUAGUAUUGGAAGACGCUGCCAGGGAGGAUGGUGAUGCGGCCGCGAAGUUAAGUGAAAUGAAGUGAAGGAACGAUUUGGAUAUCUGCAAGAAGCGAGCAUUUUUUUGAAUGAAUUUAAAGUGGGAGACAGAGAAGUCUUUCAUCGAGCAUCUCUGUCUGCGUUGGCACAAUAUCGAUUAGAAAUAGAAGUUAGGGUUAGGGAUUAGAUUACGAUUUAGGAUUACGAUUUAGUUACAGGGGGGGCUCCCUCCCUGGUACAUAUAUAACUUUGAGUAGGAAUUAGUAAACAUCAUAACGUGGUCUAAAAAUCCAGCCAGAAGCAGUUGUAUCCGCUGGGCCAUCCGCUGUAGCAGCAGGUGCGAAUCCAGAUGCAGUUGUAGCCCAGCCGCAGACCACAGGCACGAUGGAACCGGCGCCAAGCUUAGUAGUUGAGGGUGCUCACACCUACGCAGCACCUUCAUCACCAUUAGCGUCUUCCUCUUCGCGUUCCUGGAGUAGAAAUGCACUAGGAACAAGUGCUUCAAGAUCUUCACCGAGGACGAAUAGUCGCCUCAAUAUGAUGUGCCAGAAAACAAAUGCUGGGAUAAGCAAUACAAGAAGUCGACCUCGUUGUACUACUAGCAACUAUAUUGAUCCUAGCACCAGUAGUUCGUCAGCGUAUAGUUGGAGUCGAGCAGGAGGUGUUCAUCCUCCAGGCACAUCUAUCGAAAUGGCGGAACGGAUCCCGACACUAGAUGAAGAAGCUAUUUUUGAUGGACCAUUAGCUUCAACACCAGACGAGUACUAUAUUACUCAUGGGCAAGAUCAACAUCAAGUAGAUGACCGGCGCAACAACAUGCAGCCACGAGUCGUAGGGAGAUAUCACAUACCAGGAGCAUCGCCUCGUCCAGCUUCAGCGGAAAAUAGGUCGGUCGAUGUUGACCGAGCAUCUGUCGCCAUGAAGCGACCUCGACGACGGCCGACGCCUGAAGAUGAAGAAGUGAUGUCUGCUUUCCAGGGGGCAUGCGAAGAACCCUAG